AUGUCUCGUUUGCGCCAGCUCUUCCAGCGAGCCUUGGGCUCAAGCCCGUCGGCCCCGCCAGUUGCUCCGGCAGCUACAACGGCAGCUCAGUCCGCGGCGCCCUCGACUGCGUCGAGCGCUUUGCGCUCUCGGUCAAUUGACACCAACUUCUCCACAGUCAAAGAGGGAGACCGGGUCAUUCUGCAUGGCAAACACCCCUAUCUAAGCAAGGUCUUGAAGAAAGGUGAAAAGCUUCAGGUCGCCUCAGGAUCCGUGGAACAUGACAGCAUCAUUGGAAAACGGUCUCGGGAUGUGGUUCAAAUGCGCAAAGGCCCGCCGCUCCGAAUCAGUUUCCCCACACUCGAAGAAUACGUCUCCUUGGUCCCUCGCCUGGUCACUCCGAUCUACCCACAAGACGCCAACUUAAUAGCAUCCCUUUUCGACCUUCAUGUCAAUACGCCCGCCGCGGGCGAGACACAAGCUCCUCUCGAGAUCCUUGAAGCCGGAACUGGCCAUGGAUCUCUCACACUACACCUUGCGCGCGCCAUUCACGCCGCUAAUACCACUCCGCCGCCUAUGCCCAAACAAUCGCAAAUAAAGCAUGUCGAGGAACGAGUUAAAGAACCGAAUAACAAAGGCGAGUCACAAAACACCGCCGAGCCUACCUCCGACCCAGUACAGGAGGAGUGGGAUGCAUGGCGCGCACAGCGCAAUGCUAUCAUUCAUACCGUGGAUACCGGCGCGAAGUUCUCCGCACUGGCCGAGAAAAACGUCAAGGGUUUCCGUCGUGGAAUUUACGCUGGAAAUGUUGAUUUCUACGUCGGACUCGUCGAGAGCUGGAUCGCAAAGCAGAAACAGCUGCGCCAGAAGACCGGACAGGUUUCGGCUGAUGGAAACACCGUUGAACCGUUCGUGUCACAUGUCAUUUUGGACAUGCCCUCAUCCAACUUGAGGAUUCCGCAUGUUACUCCGAUCAUGAAGCACGAUGGUCUCUUGGUGGUCUUCAUGCCCAGCAUCACCCAAAUUGGAGAGUGCUUGCAAAUGAUCAAGGAGCAAAACUUGCCCCUUGUCCAGGAGAAAGUGCUUGAGCUUGGCAACGGUAUCAGCGGUGGGCGCCUUUGGGAUGUGCGUUUUGCGACCAAGAAGUCCGGUGCUGAUCCAUCGUCUUGGACUGUUCCUUCAAUUGAUGAAGGAGCGGCUCCUGAGGCCCAAGAACCAGGAGUCGAGGAGCAGACUAGCGGGUCUGAAUCCGAGUCCUCUAGUCCUGAACCGGCCGUCAAGAGCGAUUCUGUGCUGGUCUGUCGGCCCAAGGUCGGAGUGCGCAUCCAAGGCGGUGGCUUUGUUGGAGUCUGGCGCCGCAUUGAGGACCGCUGA